AAACCACUCCAUGCCGUAGGUGGCAGCAGUGCACAAUUUAAAUCUAAAAGAACAAGAAAAAGAAGAAGAAGAAGCGUCAUAAUCUGCGCCAAGAGUUAAUAAUACGUAUUACGAUAAAUUUUUAGAUGAAAUAUGAACAAUACAAGGGGAUAAAACUUACCAUUGCGCCGUCGUGAUGGCAUCAGAAGAGGAAAUCAGCUUGUUGGUCAUUGUCGUGGACGUUAACCCGAUUUGGUGGGGCCAGCAAAUCCAGCGUGAGCCGCAGUUCACGCUGUCCAAAUGUAUGGAUGCCGUUAUGGCGAUGGCUAACUCUCACGUGGCCAUGAGCAGGAAUAACAAGCUGGCCGUCAUCGCCAGCCACUGUCAAGACAGCCACUUUCUGUAUCCCAGUAAGAGUCAGUCAGAUGGAGAUGGCACCCAAGAUGACACGUGCUCCAGCGGUGACGGCAAGUACGAACUGCUGUCUAUCGCCAACGGCAUCAUUGCUGACCGGAUCAGAAACUUGAUGUCCAACAUUGAAGUGACGGGCGGUUCCACUGACACUUUGCUGGCUGGAUCUCUCGCCAAAGCUCUCUGCUAUAUUAACAGAGUUUCAAAGGAACUGGAAGUGGGACAGGAAGUCAAGUCUCGAAUUUUGGUGAUAAAGGCAGCGGACGAUUGCGCUCUGCAGUACAUGAACUUCAUGAAUGUGAUCUUCGCUGCCCAAAAGCAGAGCAUCCUGAUAGAUGCGUGCGUGUUGGAGUCAGACUCGGGGCUCCUACAGCAAGCCUGCGAUAUAACAGGUGGCUUGUACCUAAAAAUCCCCCAGAAGGCGGCCCUGGCUCAAUACCUGCUGUGGGUGUUCCUGCCUGAUGGCGAGCAACGUUCACAGCUGGUGCUGCCACCGCCAGCUCAUGUGGACUACAGGGCAGCGUGCUUCUGCCACCGCAACCUCAUUGAGAUCGGUUACGUCUGCUCUGUCUGUCUGUCCAUAUUCUGCAACUUCAGCCCCAUCUGUACAACCUGCGAGACGGCUUUCAAAAUCCAGCUCCCACAAAUGGUCAAAGGCAAAAAGAAGAAAUUCAAAGCAUCAUGACCAAUAAACAAAACAUGCUUUGUCUUAA